AUAUUUUUAAAUGGAAAUGUCAAUGUUAUUCUGAAUUGCCUCACUUUUAACACUUUUAAAGAUGCACUUCCUCUCAAAUCUGUGUGUUCCAAGAUGUCUUCAUACAACCCAGAGCCACACAUGCUCACUAAACAUCUGUAAGGGGUAUAAUUGGAAUACACUGAUUUCAAGUGAAAAAAAAUGCAGACUCCAGGGGGAUAAUCGCAUGGAGAAGAAAAUAUGUACCUUGAUUGACAGUGUUAAAUACAUGGCUAAUUACACCUCUCUCCAACACACAGACAUGGUGGUUCUCUCUCCAACACACAGGCAUGGUGGUUCUCUCUACAACACACAGGCAUGGUGGUACUCUCUACAACACACAGGCAUGGUGGUUCUCUCUCCAACACACAGACAUGGUGGUUCUCUCUCCAACACACAGGCAUGGUGGUUCUCUCUACAACACACAGGCAUGGUGGUUCUCUCUACAACACACAGGCAUGGUGGUACUCUCUACAACACACAGGCAUGUUGGUUCUCUCUCCAACACACAGACAUGGUGGUUCUCUCUCCAACACACAGGCAUGGUGGUUCUCUCUACAACACACAGGCAUGGUGGUACUCUCUACAACACACAGGCAUGGUGGUUCUCUCUACAACACACAGGCAUGGUGGUUCUCUCUACAACACACAGGCAUGGUGUUUCUCUCUACAACACACAGGCAUGGUGGUUCUCUCUACAACACACAGGCAUGGUGGUUCUCUCUCCAACACACAGGCAUGGUGGUUCUCUCUACAACACACAGGCAUGGUGGUUCUCUCUACAACACACAGGCAUGGUGGUUCUCUCUACAACACACAGGCAUGGUGGUUCUCUCUACAACACACAGGCAUGGUGGUUCUCUCUACAACACACAGGCAUGGUGGUUCUCUCUACAACACACAGGCAUGGUGGUUCUCUCUCCAACACACAGGCAUGGUGGUUCUCUCUACAACACACAGGCAUGGUGGUUCUCUCUACAACACACAGGCAUGGUGGUUCUCUCUACAACACACAGGCAUGGUGGUUCUCUCUACAACACACAGGCAUGGUGGUUCUCUCUACAACACACAGGCAUGGUGGUUCUCUCUACAACACACAGGCAUGGUGGUUCUCUCUCCAACACACAGGCAUGGUGGUUCUCUCUACAACACACAGGCAUGGUGGUUCUCUCUACAACACACAGGCAUGGUGGUUCUCUCUACAACACACAGGCAUGGUGGUUCUCUCUACAACACACAGGCAUGGUGGUUCUCUCUACAACACACAGGCAUGGUGGUUCUCUCUACAACACACAGGCAUUGUGGUUCUCUCUACAACACACAGGCAUGGUGGUUCUCUAUACAUCGCACAGGCAUGGUGGUUCUCUACUUCACACAGGCAUGGUGGUUCUCUCUACAACACACAGGCAUUGUGGUUCUCUCUACAACACACAGGCAUGGUGGUUCUCUAUACAUCGCACAGGCAUGGUGGUUCUCUAUACAUCACACAGGCCUUGAUGAAUAGUAUGCUGUAUGCUGCAGCUGAGUAAAACUUUU